AUGGCUCCGUUACAGCUAUCCCCAGACUCCCACAGAGGCUCACCAUCCCCGGAGUCAUCUAGGAGGAAUCUCCAGCCAGAAGGAAACCCUGGUGGAGAAAACCAGAACCCAGUACCAGCAGGUAAUGGUGGACGAGAUGGACUUGUCCCCUCGGUUGGUGGCGCUCCCAACCCAGGAGGGGACUCAGAAAGUUCAGACUCGGAGCCUGAGGAUGGUGACAGGAGAGGAUGGUGGAGAUACCUCAGGAAGAAGUUAGAGAAGCAGCAGAAGGAGCUUCUGGCCUCCAUGGCCCAGUUCAUGAGACCUCCGGCCGCCUCGCACCCCUCCGCUGCCUCUAGGGCCGGAGAACGCAAGGCACCCCCUCCGGCCAAGUUCAAUGGCAAAGCUGAUAAUGUGGGGACCUCCAUCCGGCAAUGUGAGAAUGUCUUCUCCAUUGAAAGCUAG